AUGCCCAUAACUAAUGAAACACGGCGGAGAUUAGGUGCUACAGAUUACGCAAUUGCAGGUUCUCUUAGUGGAAUGACCUCCAGAUUUUUAACUCAGCCACUAGAUGUUGUAAAAAUCAGAUUCCAGUUGCAAGUUGAGCCCAUACAUAAACUCACACAAGACGCCUAUUAUAAGGGAGUCACCCAUGCUUUUAAAAAAAUAUUGAGGGAAGAAGGUGCUACCGCUUUGUGGAAAGGACAUGUAUCUGCUCAACUACUGUCUAUUGUGUAUGGAUUCACUCAGAAUUAUGGUGUAACUGUUUGUCACUUAGUGCUUUUUUUUCGAAUAUCACAUUCUAUUCGCUUUGUAAAUUGUGUUUUUGAACUUUCACAGUUUUCUUCUUUUGAAGUAAUUGCCAGAAAUACUCCUGGCCAAACUCGUCAUGAUCCAUAUGUGCAGUUUGCAUGUGGAGCAAUGGCAGGUUUCAUUGCAACGAUAUUUUCCUUCCCCUUUGAUGUCAUAAGAACCCGAUUUGUAGCCCAAGGCGAACCCAAGGUGCUUCAUUCACAUCUUGGUGAUGAUGAUUCUAGAAAUAGUGUUUUUGCACCUAUGCCUGUUAAAGGAGCUCUGAUUUGUGGAUCUUUAGCAGGAAUAUUUACAAAAACAGUAGUUUAUCCUUUUGAUCUUAUACGCAAACGUAUGCAAGUUCAAGAGCGUUUUAUUUCACAUCAGGCAAAUGUAACUCGAAUGCGCUUCUUUGAGUUAAGAGGUUAUGUUUUCCGUUGCGUUAGUUUCAUAGACUGCUUCUCGAAAACCAUCAAAGAAGAAAGGAUCAGGGGACUCUUCAAAGGACUGGUUCCUAGUACUAUGAAAGCUGGUACUAUGACGGCAAUUAAUUUUUGCGCUUAUGAACAAGUAUGUGUCUUUAUAGCCAAAAGACGCCCAGACCCAGCUGAAGAGCCAUGA